CGUCCGCUCUUCUCCCCAUUAUUCCCGGGCUUCCUCCUGUGUACACCGCCCCCGCCCCGCCCCGCCCACCAUUUAAUCCCGCCUCCCCUGGCCGCUGCCGCCCGCCCGCCCAGAAUCGCUACGCGCACCCGGGCCAAAACCCUAGCUUGCCCCGCCGGCCGGGCCAUGGGCAAGUACAUGCGCAAGGCCAAGGUCUCUGGCGAGGUAGCCGUCAUGGAGGUCGCCGCCGCUCCACUCGGGGUCCGUACCCGCGCGCGCGCGCUCGCGUUGCAGCGGCUGCAGAAGCAGCAGCCGCAGGGGGAGGAGAAGGGGGGCGCCGGGGGGGAGUACCUGGAGCUGAGGAGCCGGAGGCUCGAGAAGCUGCCGCCGCCGCCGGCGGCCGUGAGGAGGUGCGGCGGGAGGAAGGCGGCAACCGCGGUGGCGGCCGCGCAGGAGGAGACGGAGGCGUCCUUCGGGGAGAACGUGCUCGAGUUGGAGGCCAUGGAUAGGAGUACCAGGGAGACAACGCCUUGCAGCUUGAUACGGGACUCGGAAACCAUAAGCACCCCUGGAUCUACUACAAGACCCAGCCACUCGAAUUCCCAUCACAGGGUGCAAGCUCCGGUGCGCCGCACCAUCCCAAGUUCAGCUCAGAUGGAUGAGUUCUUCGCUGCUGAAGAGCGACGACAACAGCAGGCUUUCAUUGACAAGUACAACUUUGAUCCUGUGAACGACUGCCCUCUCCCUGGCCGGUACGAGUGGGUGAAGCUAUACUGACAGAUUUCCAGGACAAGAGAGCACCAUGGACCUGGACCUCCGCUCCCUCCACCGCAGUACCGUGGCAGAGGCGCAUACCGUCGCGUUAGCUUUGUCCCUGUUGUAAAAACUUAGGGUUAGCCUGUAGCCUCAAUGAUUCUGUGUAACAAUACAGAACUGAUGCUGAGUUACACCCUGAUCUGAUCCCAAACUCCAAUGUAAUGUAACCGUUAACAGCUCAUUCUGUAACGAACCACCUCCUCUAGGGGGGUUCUAGCUUUAUCACCUGUUACCAGUUGCUGGAUUAAUCAAGUAGAGCUGGAUGACAAUGUAUCAAUCACAGUUAAGUUGUCCUCUGUGCUAGCACCUGAAGAUGCUGUAAUUUUCGUGUAUACUUCUGCUCUUGCUAUCUGGAAAGCUGGCUGCCAUGGUUGAAACUUUGGGCAUUGUCCUGUGCUCUUCCAUGGUACACAGUGGCAUCUCUCACAGACCC